GGCUUUCUCCUCGUUUAGCUUUCUAAAAGCGGUGUGGAGAUGGAGGCGGUGAUCCCGCGUCGCAGGGGCUUCCACCAUCCCGCGCUUUUUGCUUCCCGCAGCCUUCUCUCGUUACGGGCCCCCGGUGGGAACAAUGGCGAUUUCCCUGUUUAAUUUCUGCCCUGUUGUAGCGACAUAGCGAAAGGCAGCCAGUGCUCUGGGGUGGGCUCCCUCGCAGCCCUGCUGGCAUGGAUGAGGUUUAUCGGUUGCAUAAAAUGUUUAUCUAUGAAGAAGCCAUGCUGAGAUCAAGGAUCUUCCUACAAAGUGUUAAUUAAAUGAAUAACUACGCGGUGUUGCGGCUGGAAGACGGAAAUGAGGUUUCGCUUCGCUAAGGAGGUGCCUGGUGGAAAUAUUUACAGUAUUCCUCAAAUUUCAGUUAUUUUUCUGUUUUCCCUGGGGGAAGAGGGCAAACCUGGCUGAUGUUUCAGAGGUUCUGUACACCGUUUCUCUGGGUCCUGUGUACCGUGGGGGUCCGGUGUGCUCCAGUGCGACGGUGUCCGGGGGCGGGCCGCUGUGACGGUGGUGACGGUGUUUCUGUUUCAUGGCAUCACAUACCGCACACACCACUGGGAGUCUUGCAGGAAGCUGGAAAAAUCCUGACUGUCCUGACACGGAGAAAUGUGGAGGUGGUAACGGGGGGCAGGUGAGGCUGAGUAGUGAAGAGCAGCAUGGACCUGGAUAUGCUGAACAUGUUUGUCAUCGCUGGUGGCACCCUGGCUAUCCCCAUCCUGGCCUUCGUGGCCUCAUUCCUGCUCUGGCCCUCAGCGCUGAUCCGUAUCUACUACUGGUACUGGCGCCGAGCCUUGGGCAUGCAGGUUAGGUAUGCAAGCUACGAUGACUAUCAGUUUUGUUAUUCCUAUAGAGGCAGACCUGGGUACCGACCGUCCAUCCUGAUGUUACAUGGCUUCUCAGCCCACAAAGACAUGUGGCUGUCCAUAGUCAAGUUCCUGCCAAAGAACCUGCACUUGGUAUGUGUGGACAUGCCUGGGCACGAGGGUACGACCCGCUCGGACUUGGAUGAUUACUCCAUUAGUGGGCAAGCUAAGAGAAUACACCAGUUCGUGGAGUGCAUCAAGCUGAACAGAAAGCCCUUUCAUCUGGUUGGCACUUCCAUGGGGGGAAAUGUUGCUGGCGUCUAUGCUGCUCAGUACCCAGAAGAUGUUUGCAGCCUGACCCUCAUCUGUCCUGCAGGCCUGCCAAGUACCACUGACAGCAAGUUCGUUAAGCAGCUCCGGGAGCUGCAAGAGUCCAAACGCAUCGACAGGAUCCCUUUAAUCCCCUCGACCCCUGAGGAGAUGGCAGACAUGCUGAAGCUCUGCUCCUACGUUCGCUUCAAGGUGCCACAGCAGAUCCUCCAGGGCCUUGUUGACGUUCGCAUCCCCCACAAUGAAUUUUACCGGAAAUUGUUUUUAGAAAUCGUGGAUGAAAAGUCCAGGCACUCUCUCCAUGAGAACAUGAGCAAGAUCAAAGCACCGACACAGGUCAUCUGGGGAAAGCAGGACCAGGUCCUGGAUGUUUCUGGUGCCAGUGUUUUAGCCAGCGCCAUUCCAGACUGCCACGUGUACAUCCUGGAGAACUGUGGGCACUCCGUGGUGGUGGAGCGGCCCCGCAAGACAGCCAACCUCAUCCUGGAGUUCCUGGCCCUGCUGCACAGCAUAGACAACAACAAGAAGCAGGCGUGAGCGUGGCAGGGAGCCGAGUGCCCACGCCAGGUUAAAUUGUAAAGUACUGCAGCUUCGAUACGUUCUCAGGGAUCUUGUACGAAUUGGGGUCAAUGUGCCAAAGUCCCUGAGGAAGGCAGAAUCACUGAUACCUAAACCUAUAGCACCACUGGCACAGCAACCUGGGGUCAUUGAGCAACCUCCAUAGAUGCAGGAACAGAAGCAGAGUAUCUCCCUUUUCUACUUAGAGGUAAGGUAGAAAUGAGCUGAAAUCACCCAGUGCUCAUCACACAGCCACCCGUCUUACCUGGGUUACCAGCACGUAGUUGUUCAUGACAUUUACCUAAACUAUAUGUGAAAUGUAGGAAGAUAUCUGGAAUCCUGGUCUGAGACUGAGACUUAACAAUAUUUUUACUACUUAGAGUCCAUUGUGUUGCAUGCUGCUGUGCUGUAAGAGAACCCCCAAGUGCUCCAGGCGUCUGCUUGAGUGCUCUUUGUGUAGCUCCUGAUCUCAUGAUUUAUCCAGAAAACAACAGAAAACUUCAUGUGUAGAAGUCCAAUGACUGUAUGUGCAAAAAUGUUUACACUCUGAGUGGGUUUUUCUAAAUCUCUGAAUAGCUCCUGUGUAUUUGUAAUGCCUUAACGUUGCCCAGGGCGUGGUGUCUGUGCACAGCCCACCUUGCCCAGGGUUGGUUCUACCUGAGGGUGAACACAGCCAGUGACAGCAGGGUGCAGGCAGCAGCUCUGGCACUGCUGUGGGACUGGGGCAAUGGGAACCGCCCGGGGGGAUCGGCCCUGAGCCCGAGUCAGCAAUAAGCCCAUGGCCAGGGUGUGAUUCAGCCACCUAGGGUGAACUCUUGCCUCAGCUCCUCUAUCACACCGUGCUGCUGAACACCUGGAUGUAAAUAACGAUUUUCUUAAUGAAUUCUGUGAAUUCUGCAAAAGCCAAUGCCACUGGAACAGGCGUGAGGGGUGGGAGGGGGCUGUGUGUGACCAGCACAGGGAGUGGUGAGGAGGGGUCAGCUCGCCCACGAGGUGCUGGGCCGUGGUGGGGAAAGGUACAAUGUACUUCUGCAUCCUCUCCAUGAUUACAACUCCUGACUGAGUGAUGCUAUAGGUAGGAACAGGCAAUACAGGCAAGCUGCACUUUACAGGCUGCGAGGUGAUGUUCAGGGAUGGAUCCGCGCCUCCCCAGGCGUGAUCUCUCACUGCCCGUCCCAGGGACAGAGCUCUGGUCCAGGUCUCAGGCAGGACCAGGGGUGCUGGAGGGCAAGGCAGUGUGUGGUGCUCUCACAGGCAAAGCAGCAGAUGGCUGUCACCCCUCAGUCACCCCCAGCCCUCCUCAGGGGGUCACAGUGGGUGCUGUUAGAGUGUCCCCCCUGCCCGAGUGGGAACACAGCUGACAGCUUCCUGAGGUACCUGGAUCUAUACAUACAUCUGAAACUCCCUGUCAGCUUCUUGGCUCUUUUUAAGAGAAGAAACAUUGUUCUUUUAGAAAAAAUAGAAAUUUGCUGUUAAUUGCUUGGUAUUGUUUCUACUACAGGAGUUGAUUUAAAGAACAAAAUUGCUGGUAGUUUUAUGUGGUAAAAGCCAGAAAAACUUGUUCAGUAUCUAUAUGGUUUCUCAUGCCACAGAUUGCUGUAUGCAAAGGAUUUAUAUGGCUAUUAAAGUCUAGUGAUUUAAGGA